AUGGAGAUGGAGGCUACGAUGGCAGUUGUGGAGGUGGAGGGCGAUGAUGGUAGUGGUGAAAAUAGAAGAGAGGUUACUAAGCAUACUCUCAUAUCAAUGGAUUUCUUUCCAAGGCGUAGAAAGAAAAAGAUAACAGCGGACUCCCCUUUAGAUGACGAUGUAGUGGAAACACUAGCAAUUGGUUUAGCUGUGGAGUUCGAAGGAUCGUCUUCUAAUCGUGGUUCUGGACAAUCUCGAUCAUAUAUCAAUCGAAAUACUUUGUCAGGCCAUGAUCCAUAUUCACCAUAUUUUCGACAAAGGCGUAAUGCAGCUGGAAAAUUGGGCUUGUCGUCUCUUCAGAAGAUAACAGUUGCGCUUCGGAUGCUUGCAUAUGGAGUAUCAACUGAUUUGAUGGAUGAAUAUAUAAGAAUCGGGGAGACAACAGCAAUUGAAAGUCUUAAAAAAUUUGUCAAAUGUGUAAUAUCUGUGUUUGGUGAUGAGUACUUACGAUCACCAACUACCGAUGAUCUCACUAGGCUACUUGCAAUGGGCGAAGCCGUGGCUUUCCUGGAAUGGUCUCACAAUGAUAUUAACGUCUUGGAGCGAUCUACUGUGUUCCAAGACCUGGCCAUGGGGCGUGCUCCGGCAGUCAAUUAUUCAAUCAAUGGGCACAACUACACAAUGAGAUAUUACCUAGCAGAUGGAAUCUAUCCUACUUGGGCUACAUUCGUGAAAACAAUUCCUGCACCACCAACACGCAAACUUAAGCAUUUCGUAAAAUGUCAAGAAUCUGCAAGAAAGGACGUUGAACGUGCAUUUGGAGUCCUUCAAGCAUGA